AUGGCAUCCGCUUCAGAAGAUUCCCCAUUGCUGCCCCAGCAGAACCCCCCGUCGCCGCGGGCAACUCGGCCCCCACGAUCGGUGACGUUUAACCCGUUGACGACAAUCAGUACUUACGGCGGAACCACCACCUCCGAUCCGACUUUCCGCCCUCUCCAGACUGGUUCGCCUCCAGUCCAGAAUAUCAAUGCCCAGGGUGGUCACCCUCGCGCAGGAGGCCAGCCGAUGCUCUCUGCAUUGAACAGCAAACUCCGACGUCGCAAUAGCCAUGGCGCUCCCCUCACCGCACCGCCGAACACGCCUGUAGGCUCCAAGAUUGGCCCUCAACGUACCACCAAGAAAGCGCAGAAGCUCAAGCUGCUCCCUGAUCCCGUGACAGCCGAAGAAGAGGAUGGAGAUUUUCCACGCGAUGUUUAUUCACAGAUUACUCGCAUCAAGGAACCCGCUGCACGUAGCCAUGCUGCGAGGUUAGGAAAGGCCGACCGUGACCGCAUUCCCCGGGUGACCGCAUACUGCACUGCCAAUUCAUAUCGGCUUGAAGGUGUGAUCAAAUUCCUCAAGUCCCGUGCUAAGACUCGUGGGGCAAAUCCCAAGUUGUUCGACGAGUGCGUUUACUCUCCAUUCGACUAUCAACUUGAAGAGAAGCAAAAGGGAGGCCGGCUCUUCCCUACUGGAGGAAAUAAUGGACAUCCUGAACGACGAACCAGCGAGCGCAGAUACUCGGAUAGUGCUGUGGAGGUGGAAGAUACUACAAAGGCACGACGAGAAGAUCUGAUGGACUUCCGCGAUGAAGCUGGUCGUCCUGUCGAUGGCAAUUCAGAACAUGCUAUAUCGACGCAACAAUCGGACGAAAAUUUUGACAUCGAUACAACCAUCCACACGCCCGAAGUUUUCCUAUUUGACUACGGUACCGUUGUCAUAUGGGGUAUGAGUCCUGCUCAUGAGUCACGCUUCUUGUCCGAUAUCUCGAAAUUCGCAUCAUCAAUUCUCAGCCCGGACGACACGCAGAUCGAGAACUUCAAUUUCUACUAUGCACGCGAGUAUCAGGCACGCAUUUACAACGAUUUCAUUUCCCUGAGAGACCCACGCAACCAUAUGAUCAAGUUGGCCAUCUCGCAUGCACUGGCCCAAUCCGUCAAAACUUCUCUUUUUGAGGAUCUGGUGUCCGAGACAAUCUCUGAUACUGCUCCUCUUCCCGCUCAGAUUGCGCAGACCGGCAGUGUCGACCUCACCCGACGUCAGAUCAACAUGCAGAUUGGAGAGCUUUUCAUUCUUCGAAUCAACAUUCAUCUGCAAGGAUCUGUUCUUGACAGUCCGGAGCUUUUCUGGGCCGAACCCCAGCUGGAGCCUGUUUACCAAGCUGUUCGAAGUUACUUGGAGAUGGAUCAACGAGUCAGUUUGCUCACAGAGCGACUGGAUGUCAUCGCGGAUCUUCUUGCAGUACUGAAAGACCAACUCACACACCGCCAUGGUGAAUAUCUCGAAUGGAUCGUUAUUGUCCUCAUCGCUGCAGAGAUUCUUGUCGCAGCGAUCAACAUUGUGGUCGACCUUUAUGCGGGCAUUGAUUAA